GUCACCCAACAGGGUGGUGUGCCUAACUGAGGGUUAAGCUGAGCGAGAUCUGCUUCCUAGAGCGACUCUUCGGCAGGAAUGAGAGGUUUCACCCCAGAGUCCCACUCGUCCCUUGUUUUUUUUCAUUGAUGUCUCUGUGAUGCUUGGAAAGCAUUGUGCCCGCUGCAACCGCAGAGAGGCAUAGGGCAGAAGCAAGACAAUAACGGAGCCUUUGCAUUGGGGUACAAAUGAAGUAAAUGAAUACUGAGGAGCACCUGAUGAUGUUGUAACGCACAAAGAACCUCUUCGGUCCAGCCCUUGACACUGGUGAAGAUGGCCACGGAUGGCAGAGAUGCAGCUACCAGGGGUGUCCAAAUAGAUGCCAUGCUAGAGGCCAGAAUGAAGACGGAGACACAGGGCCCUGCAGACUCAGAAUCUAGGAAGGAUGCAGGAAAAGCCUCUUGUAUCAUCCGCUCUGAGAGGCUGAAGGAAUCCUGGGAAGAGGCCACACCUAAAAACGUUAAACGGGAAUCGGAAGCAGGGCUGCUCGACCGUUGGGAAGCCCAGUGGCAGCAAUUCCUGAAAACGGUUCGCUCUCCUCAGUCCAGACAGGGGGAUGCUCCAUUGCCAGGCCUUGCACCGAGGAGUGAUUCUCCAGGCGAGGGAACCUCUAAUACCAGGCCGCUGUCUCCUGGCGAGGAGACUGAACUCUUGUCUGGCAUUAAUGGAGAAACCCAACAUCCUGUCAACAACCUCUUGGUCAAAGAUCAAGUAGACUGCUGGAAAGUGAAGGAAGAGACCCCAGCCGAGGGGGAUGCCAGGUGGGAUUUGGAGCGCCCGUGUGCUUCCGCCAGUUCUGCUACCAGGAGGCCGAGGGGCCGCGGGAGGUUUGCGGAAUGCUUCGUGAGCUCUGCUGUCGGUGGCUGCAGCCUGAAGGGAACACGAAAGAGCAGAUCCUAGAGCUGGUCAUCCUGGAGCAGUUCCUGAGUGUCCUGCCCCCAGAGAUGAAGA